AUGGCGGUUGCAGAUGAAAAUUCCAUCACACAAGAAAGCUCGCCGACAUCGAUUUCCAAGCCUACUCAGCCUGUAUCAAGUCAAAAUUUGUCAUCGACAACUGCUGGGGAACUGCCACAGGAUAAUCCAGCCUUAACCCAGGCAUUUUCCCGAACAUUAGAGGAAUCCUUGCCUGGCAUUUUCACGGCGGUGAGGGAAAAAGUUGGCAGAAGUCCAAGUUCAUCCACACACGGUCUUGUCAGUGCAGCAACAAAUCUUGGCGCAUCGCCUUCAACAUCGUACAACCUCUCAGGGCCUCCCACAUCUACAGGUAACCUUACUGUACCGUCAUUUAUAUCUACAUAUUGCACGUUAGACAACGCACAGCCACAUGUUGCGGCUUCUACCCCUCCGUUUGUGUCUCAGCCACCGCAUCAUGGUGGUCUAGUUAGGCCCUCUUGGAUGGGGGGUGGCGACAGCACAUCCUUAGAUUGUCUGCCCUCCAGUUUGACCUUACCAACAGGGAGUCUUUUACCUUUGCCCUAGCAAAGGCGUUUGUGGUUGGUCCAGGGUAUGCACCAGUUCCGAACAAAUUGGUAACUAAAAUUACGGCAGGCAUGUUUAUUGAACUAGCCGAUUUGUUAGCUGAGAACAUUAAAGCCCAAGAAAUUGAACGCCAGGCUUUCCUAGAGGGAAGAUUGCUAGUGUCCAGUUCUAAAAAGCGGGUGGUGGAAGUAACAGACAUUUUGUCUUGGAUAGAAGCUUUCACCAUUUACUCCUUGAUACUGUGCCAGUCUUACCCAGCAAGAUGGACAGAUUUGAGUCAGUACAAGUUGCUGAUUAUUCAGACAGCAAAACGUUUUCCUGGUCUUGCAUGGCUGCAUUAUGAUGGGGCAUUCCGGAAGGAAGCAGCAGCUACUGGUCUGAACUAGUAUUGAACUAGCCGAUUUGUUAGCUGAGAACAUUAAAGCCCAAGAAAUUGAACGCCAGGCUUUCCUAGAGGGAAGAUUGCUAGUGUCCAGUUCUAAAAAGCGGGUGGUGGAAAUAACAGACAUUUUGUCUUGGAUAGAAGCUUUCACCAUUUACUCCUUGAUACUGUGCCAGUCUUACCCAGCAAGAUGGACAGAUUUGAGUCAGUACAAGUUGCUGAUUAUUCAGACAGCAAAACGUUUUCCUGGUCUUGCAUGGCUGCAUUAUGAUGGGGCAUUCCGGAAGGAAGCAGCAGCUACUGGUCUUACCGACUGGUCUCGAAUGAACCUAGACCUAUAUAACUUUCAUACCAGAGCUGUUUGCAUAGAAUCGACCACAACCCCCCAACCAACCCCACUUCACCAAUCCUCAACGGAGACCUCAGGGCCAUCAGUGAAGGGUCAGAACCGUCAGAGGGCAUCAUCUUUAAAUCCUGGAAAAAAAAGGAGUAAGUUUCCUACUGUUGCCCCAUUGGGCUCCAUUACCGGAUUUUCAGAUUUCAUCCGACGCCUGCGUACUCUUGGCUAUGGAGCUAUUUUCAUGUCGCACUGGUUUUCAGGUUCAUGGUCAGACACCCAAAUCCAUUUGUCCAUUGCAUAUAAGGAACUGUUCCCUAUUGCCAUUGCAGCGAGCCUUUGGGGACACCUAUGGGUAUCCAGACAGGUAGAAUUUCGGUCAGACAACACUUCUGUUGUAGAAGUGCUACGAGCAGGCACAUCCAGAGACCAACAUCUGAUGGUUUUACUCCGGUACCUCCUACUCAUGGCUGCAAGGCAUUCCUUUACAUUUACCGCAUCACAUGUUCCGGGUAAGUUAAAUCCUAUUGCUGACUCCCUUUCCCGGUUUCAAUUUCAGCGUUUUCGACAACUGGCUCCUCAAGUAGAUCUGGUGGCAACAGCAAUUCCUCAAGCCCUGCUCAACGAUCUGACCAAGGUUUGACAGAAAAAUGUUGCUACUAUAUGACUCAGGGUUUGGCACCAUCUACCCGUAGAGUAUAUUCUUCAGCCCAGCGAUGCUUCCUGGACUUCUGUAUUCAGGACAACCGUGUCAGGCCAAAUGGUUCUAUUUUACCUACCAGUCAAGAAACAUUGAUGCGUUUCUGCUCUCACCUAGCUGAUAGUCUACACCAUACAUCAAUAAAGGUAUACCUAUCGGGCAUACGUUCUCUCCACAUUGAUGAGGGAUAUCCAGACCCAUUAGCAGACUGCCUACAACUACAACGGCUCCUUCGGGGUAUUAAACGUUGCCAAGGUUCAAAUCUAGUGAAACGUCGUCCAAUAACUGGGGAACUUAUGCAGGUCAUUUACAACUCAUUGGAUAUGUCUGAGUAUAACCAGGUCAUGUUAUGGGCAGCUUGUUGCCUGGGUUUCUUUGGUUUCCUGCAUGCGGGUGAAUUUACAGUCAACAGUCCUUUUGAUCCCAAGUUUCACCUUAUCCCACAAGACCUACAGGUCGAUUCAUUAGUGGACCCCAAAAGUAUAAAGGUUUUUGUGAAGUGUUCCAAAACAGAUCCCUUUUGGCAGGGAUACUUUAUUUAUCUUGGCAAGAACAGUUCCUCCAUGUGUCCAGUCAAACCUAUAAUAAGAUAUCUGCACUUGAGGGGUCCAGGAGCAGGCCCUUUGUUCACAAAUAGAGAUGGUAGUCCUCUAACACGGAGGGCAGUGUCUGCCUCAAUACAAUCCAUUCUCCAAACAGCUGGCAUCCCUGGACAGUUUUCUGGACAUAGCUUCCGCAUUGGAGCAGCAGCUACAGCAGCAGAAAAAGGAGUUCCAGAUCAUAUGAUAAAGAUGUUGGGAAGAUGGUCCAGUGAUGCCUAUCAGAGAUACAUCAGGACUCCAGUUCAUACUAUACGUCAGGUGUCGGAAAGGUUGACGUAA